AUGGCGAUGGAGUGGAUUACGGCAAUAGAUAAACGGCCUUGUGACCGGAAUCUUCGUGACUGUGAGCUAAUAUCGUGCCGUUUGCGACGUGUCGAGCCACUAUGCCGAUUACCAGGGUCAGCGCUACAGCAGUUGGCUAUGUGUGGUUUCUACGAGGAUCUCGAAAAGGGUGUUACGUUAUUCCGUGCCGGUGAGCAGGGACGCUACUGGUAUGCCGUGCUGGGAGGACAGCUCGAGGUGCGAUACCAUGCGGCUGACACGAAAGAUGGAAAGCUGUCAGUAACACUAUGUAAUUUGGGCGUUGGGGCCACCUUCGGCGAGUCCAUCCUGCACGAUCUGCCCCGGGACAGUACGGUAGUGACGAAAACAACCUGCGAGCUGCUGCGUGUGGAGCAGCAAGAUUUCAGACUGAUUUUUGAGAAAAAUAAAGAAUUAAUGAACGACAUAAUCACAAACUGUAGGCUAAAAAAUGGAUUUGGUCAGAGCAUGCAGACGACCAGCACGGUCCAGACGAGCGUGCAGCAGCAACCGUCGCCAACGAAAAAGCAGCUCAGCCCGGAUCAUCCAAAUCCUGCCGCACCAAUUACGGAGAUACCAAGCCCCGCAAUGUCCCGCAUGGGUUGGGCUCUCCGGACUCUUCUAGUGUCAGACAAUACAAGCUGUUUAAAGGACCGAAAGGUGGGUGGAAAAUUCAUAAGGAAAUGUGCGCCCGGCACGGAGCUGGUCGAAUGGUUGCUGAAUCUCUCACCGAUCGUGCACACGCGAACGCAGGCAGCCGGUAUGUGGCAGGCGCUGCUCGAGGAAGGUGUCCUGUGUCACGUGGCAAAAGAGCAACCGUUCAAAGACAAGUGCUUUCUGUAUCGCUUCAAGUCGGACGAGGACGGUACGGCUGGCGGUGCGCCAACGUCCGACGACGUUAACCACGCGAACGAUCACAUCCGGGAGGCACUUCCAGCGCUACUGCAUCGCGGCCCGGAUGCAACGCUCCGUAUGAUUUUGAGAAAACCAUCGCACGAACGCACGCAGGAAGAGCUGGAGCUAGUUUAUGAGGAGCUGCUUCAUAUCGCCGCCCUGUCCCACCUGUCAACCUCCAUCAAGCGGGAGCUGGCCUCCAUUAUCGUCUUCGAAGCACACGCACAUGCCGGCACCGUAUUGUUCAACCAAGGUGACGAAGGACGAUCAUGGUACAUCCUGUUGAAAGGUUCUGUCGACGUAGUUAUCCACGGUAAGGGAACGGUUGCAACGCUCAAGGAGGGAGAUGACUUUGGAAAGCUGGCACUCAUCAACGACGCACCCAGGGCGGCCACGAUCGUGCUGAAGGAGAACAACUGUCUUCUGCUGCGCGUGGACAAGGAACACUUCAAUCGUAUCCUGCGCGAUGUGGAAGCGAACACGCUACGGCUACAGGAACAUGGAAAGGACGUACUAAUACUGGAACGGGUUGCCAAACAGCGAGGAUACUCGGCAUUCAAGUACACUGUCAUGUCGGGUACGCCUCAGAAAAUGCUCGAACACCUGCUCGAGACCCGGCUCGGCGGUCAAGCGGGACCAAAUGAUCCGUUCCUGGAUGAUUUCCUGUUGACGCACAUCGUCUUCAUGCCGACACCGCUGCUGAUUGACGAGCUGGCCGCCAACUAUCAUGCCGAUGCGGACAUUGACCUGCGGCAGGCUAGUGAAGAGGAUCAAGAAUAUUUCCUAACCAGCAAACGGCGCGUGGUGCAGUUCAUUCAACGGUGGGUGCUAGCCGUUCGGCAUGCCGUGUUCGACGAUCCGCUGGCAGUAGAAUUCAUAGAGGAGCUCGCUACGGACGUUGAGGCGGAACCGGCACUGCAGGAGGAAGCAAGUAUCAUACAUCACGUGCUAACGCAAUUAUCCCGAUAUCAGGAGGACCGUCAGAUGAACGCGACCCAGAAAUGGAAGCUCCCACCCAACGGACAGCCAAUCUGCCUGUUCAGUGGCAACACACACUCAAAGACUGUUAUACGCCCGGAUGACGAUAUAAUUUUCCGUGUGUACUGCGCCGAUCAUACGUACUGUACCCUGCGCUUCCCGAUGGCCACCACGGCCGAGGUAAUAAAGGCCUGUGCCGCCGAUAAGCUCCAGAUCGCCCGACUGCCGGAGGAUUUGCUGCUGGUCGAGGUGAAAUCGAGCGGCGAGCGUGUCGUGUUUAAGGACAACGAUGUCAGCGUACCGACCGCACUCAGCUUGAAUGGACGAAUUUUCGUCUCACCCAAGGACCAUCUGGAUGCGCUGACACCGCUGCCCGAGCAGGAAGUACCGACCGAAGCACCGGACGUAGACUUUGAAGCAUUAUCAACCAAGGACGUCGCCUAUCAUAUGACACUGUUCGACUGGGAUCUCUUCUGGGCUGUGCACGAGUACGAACUGCUGUACCAUACCUUCGGGCGACAUCAUUUCAAUAAGAUCACCUCAAAUCUGGACGUAUUUAUCAGACGAUUCAACGAGAUACAGUACUGGGUAGUGACGGAAAUCGUAUCAACGACGAAUCUCACCAAACGGAUGUCACUGGUGAAAAAGUUCAUCAAACUAGCGGCAUUCUGCAAGGAGUAUCAGAACCUGAACGCAUUCUUCGCCAUCGUGAUGGGUCUCUCGAAUACGGCCGUCUCGCGGCUAUCGAUGACGUGGGACAAACUACCGUCCAAGUUCCGGAAGCUGUUCACCGAGUACGAGGCACUGAUUGAUCCAAGCCGUAACCAUCGUGCUUAUCGCAUGUCGGUGGGAAAGCUACAACCCCCAGUUAUACCCUUUAUGCCACUGCUGCUCAAGGACAUGACGUUCGCCCACGAGGGCAACAAAACCAGCCUGGACGGGUUGGUAAACUUCGAAAAGAUGCACAUGAUGGCCCAAACGAUGCGUGCGGUACGCUUCUGUCGAUCACGCCAUCUUGUGCUCGAUCCACCGUCGCCGAAAAACGAGAACGAAAUCCGCAACUACAUCCGCUGCUUCCGGACGAUCGAUAACCAAAGAGUGCUCAACUCGAUGUCACAAAAGGUGGAACCGCGUCGAUCUUAAGGCGGGCAGUCAAACGCCACCCACCAUGUCCGCCUGGUCCGACGGUAGCAAACGAUCGUUAGCAGUUGUGAAAACACCCACCCACCCAUUCCCAGGUCAGGAUGGAACCCGUUCUGGUCAAGCUGGUACCGAGAGACCAAACCCCAUCCACCGUCGAGCUGCUGAGUGAUUGGAGUGAAUGGGCCGAAGCACAGCGAGCGACACUCACCGAAGGUUUGUCACAUUCCCGGUUCCACAGGAUAUGCUGGGAACACAGGCACACAAAAGGACGCCCAAUUACCCAAUUAGCAGCCAGCGGGAUACAUUUUGUUGGGUUUCGUUGUUCGUUGCGCAAAGUACGCUAGUAAGAUACCAUUCCCAAUGGAAUGCACUCCAAUGUGAAGUGCUUGUUGAAAGUAUUUAUUAAUUCCAUUCCCACAACUUCCGAUCGUAUCGUUUUUUUUUCUCCUUCUCUCUUUCUCUCUCUAUGAAAUCUGUUGCAAUUUUGGAUCUAAUCGUUUCGUUUGAAGCGGAUAAAUUCAUCUCAAUAUGCUUUUGUGUCUAACCUCUUACCGAAGCAAAUGUUUGUGUUUUAACAGUACCCAACACUACCACUUCCUGUCUGACAUGUUUCGUAACUAUGUUGUAACGCAGUAUUUAAGUUGUGUUAUUGUUUUUAGCCUUUUUUUCUCUCGUUGAAUAAACAUCUCGGCGUUAAAGUAUUGUAAUCGUUUUCUUGUUUUGUCUGUCUCUAUUCUAUUCUAUCUUUCUGUCCGGCUGAUGUAAAUGCCAACCAACAGUCUGCAAGAUGCACUUAUUAAACUCAAUGCACAACCGCUAAGUCAGCUCAUCUCAGCAUGCCGUGGAGUUAUGGAAAAAAAUGGCGCAUGUUUCUUGGACAUUUUUUAUGUCCUUUGGAAUAUAUGUACGAUGGAAAAAAAAACACACUCUUUAUAAAACAUUUUCCUCCCAUCAGCUCCCUUGAAUGUGUGUGUGCGAUGUUUCGGAAAGGUUUCCUUGUAGUGCGUAGUAUGUGCCACAGCAAAUGCGUUUACUUAGGCGACGCUCUGUUUGAUGCAUGAUGCAACAUGCCAGUCUUAGAGCGCCACCUCACAA